AUGGCUGAGGCAUCAAAUUCCCCAGGCCCCGGUUGGCGCAUCCCUAAGGCUUGCCAGGAGUGCCGGAAACGCAAGAUCCGGUGCAACGGUUUAAACCCCUGCAAGACAUGCGAAAGAAGAGAGACCCCUUGUAUUUACAGGGAUUUCAUUCGACAUCGCAGAAAGAAACAUGAAUACGAAGAGACCCGUCGCGAGGGACUGACGCGUCGAACUUCGCCCGACCCGACGCGACCGUCUCGCCAGCGAAGCUCAUCGGUGAUGAAUAAUUUUCCUAAUAGUGUCUCUGCAACACAUAUGGCAUCGCCGUCAUGUCCAAUGCAACUUUAUUAUGGCCCCACAUCCCACUUCUCUCUCAUGCAACAUAUUUAUCGCGAUCUCGUUUCCAGCCCAAUGGCACAUACAGGCAUGUCAAGUGGAGUCGAGGAAGCGGGUGCCGGACUGGAACUAUUCAGCUUCCGUCGUAUCUUUUUCGGCACGCCAGAUCCUCAAGAUGCAGGGAAGUCGGCAUUGAGUGAUCCUUCUGCGAUGUUCUUACCGUAUGACACAGCUAAAUUGUUUCUUUCACGAUUCCUAUCCACUCUGUAUCAUAUGAUGCCCUUUUUCCCGCAGGCAUAUUUGGAAAGUUGCUUAGAACAGCUUUAUCACCCAACUCCCGGCAGUUACCUUGACGUCCUCACCCAAGCUACGAUUCUGCUCGCUAUGGCGACUGCAUCUUUGGGUACGGAAUUCUUUACAUGGGGUGAUAUCUUAUAUGAACGUGUCAAGUCAAUGCUUACUUCCUAUGAUGACGUCGUCAAUAUCCAAACCGUUCAGGUUUCGUUGCUUUUGAUAAACAUCUGGAUAUACGCCAAUUACCAGAACGAACAGGGCCGACCGAAUUCUGCAUUUCUCCAUCUUGGGACUGCCUCUCGCAAAGCGCUCGCGGCAGGUUUGCAUAAGGAUGUUCCCUAUGGCGGAGAAGACCAAACGCCAGAGAAAGUCGAGGCACGGCGAGUAACAUUCUGGUCUCUCUACGUUUUCGAAACGUGGUUUUGCUUUCAUACCGGCCGUCCUAGCUCGUUAUCCUUGAAGGAUGUCGCGAUCGAGUAUACGCAAGACCCAUUCAUAAGAGUAUUUGUUCAUCUAUGCCAAUCUAUCUCUCGUUCUGCAGAUGAGAUAUAUGGCCAACACCACGAAUCUCUGCUUCAUAUGUGGCGCGUGGCAAGAUCAAUUAACAAUGACCUUCGCGACCACGAAAAAUUCUCUCGACAGAGUCUUGGAUUCGGGGACGCUGAUGUUCAUACGGGACCCCUUGGUGUUCGUCAAACGAUCUUUACCACUCUGUAUUACCACACCCAACUUCUUACAUUCCGGCCUUUUUUGAUCUUUCGCGGUCAUCUUCAACGGGAAAGAAAAAUGGCAGCUCGACAAGGCAGCGAUUCAACAUCACGUCGUCCGACAGAAAUUCCACCCUGGUUGAAUGAAGCAUGCAAUUAUGUUUUGAAUGCCGCACGAAAGACAAUACAUCACUUGAGCGAAGCGUCUCGUAUCAACGAUCUUGUCAGGCAACUACGGUAUCACGGAUAUUUCAUAGGCAGUUCCGCUUUCACCUUGAUAUAUGAAUUAGUCCAUGACACCGAUUCCGCACCUUCUCAUCUACCCUGGGUCUAUGCUUCUUUGCAAACAAUGUCAACGAUGAGACAAGGCGACCCUAUUGCAAGCUCUAUAUCUGCUAUUCAGACAACAUUGCGGAAAAUUAAUCCAUCAUAUGAAUGGUCGUCUCCCCAAAAUAGGGAUGGCGAUCCAUUAUCUGCUGGGGAACGUCCAUACCUCGGUCAACCUCACGCUAUUUUGAACAGCUUACAAGCACCUGGUGGAUCUAGUCUUCCGAAUGAUUCUGUAAGGAAUAUUCCAUCUGAUUCGUCAACUUCUCAAUGGCAAUUCCCACCAAUCGAAGGACCCGAAACUGGUCGAUCUGGCGCAUCGAACGAAGACCUGCUUGAUUUCACUCAGACGGACAUGGGAUGGGAUUUUGACUUUUCUACCAUGGAUCUUGAGUCUUUCUUUUCUGUCUAUCAGUCUGCGGAUCCUUUGUUUCCACAGGGUAGCGGAUUUGCAUGA